AUGAUUGAGUAUUAUUAUGUUGAUGCUUUAUGUAUUAAUCAAUCACCAAAUCCUACCCCAGCGCAAAUGAAAGAGAAGACCAAGCAACUAGAUAUGAUGUCGUCCAUUUACAGCUGCGUAACUGUCACAAUUAUCGCAUUGACGGGCAAGUAUGUAGAUGCUGGUCUACCGGGCAUUUCCACCGCACGUUUAGCUCAGUUGAAAGAGAACAUAAACGGUUGCAUUGUAUUUACUAGUCCACAGCACCUCACUCUAGAGAUGCAAACGGCAACAUAUUCGAGUCGCUCUUCGACGUUGCAAGAAGACUUGCUGUCGAGACGAAGACUCAUCUUUACGCAGAGUGUAGUGGUCUUCAACUGUUCCGUCGGCGACGUGGACGAAGGAAUGGACAUCACUACGCUUCCGCGCGAACCCUUCUUGCAGCAUCCAAUCCAAUCUACAGUUCACAAAAUCUAUUCACCUCAUCCUGCAAGAACGACGAAGGCUAAACAACCGAUUGAGAACGCAGAUCUCGAAGAGCAAAUGUCCUUGUUCAAUAAGCAGCUAAGUAGCUACACAAGUCACCGCAUGACCAAUGAAAGCGACUCACUCAACGCUUUCCGGGGUGUGAUUUCGGCUCUGGGUAGGCAGCUGUUCCCCAAAGGUUUCGUGCAUGGCAUUCCACUGAGCAGUCAUACGUUCGCAUUGGGUUGGAUGCACUCGAGAGACGUCAGCCCAAGACGUCGACCGCAGUUUCCGACUUGGAGUUGGACGGGGUGGGAGGGAAAAGUCAUGUAUCCGGGAAAACUCCUUGAUACUGCCAAUGCUUUGGACGAAAAUCAAGUCGGUGUCGAGGGCUGGUCAGUUAUCAUCGACAUUCGUACUGAACCAUUCAGUGAGCUCUUCGUUCCUAGGCAGAAUGAAUCAUUGCUGCCGUUAAAGAAGGAGACUCUAGGCACAACAAUACCCUACAGACAGGUCAUUGCCACUGUUUGA